CCGGAAUAGAUAUACCGGCGGUUUCCUCCCUUCCUGCUCCUCUGUUCAGUAGAAUUUCAUGUCCGGUGCAUUGAUUUGGUCUGAUUUAGCCCUGUUGCAUAACGGUUUCAACGCAUAAGAACGUGUGGUUUCAAUUUAUCCACCGCAUUUGUCUCAUAUCACCGCAGAAAGUGCAUAGACACAUACAUCAACAGCUAGAAUUUCCCCGCAUACAUCGCUCUACCACUAGCACAAGUCCAAUUCAACAUGACCGACGAGAGCCUCAUCACAAUCACCUACCAAGGCCGAAUCGCCAUCAUCACGCUGAACCGCCCCCAGAAACUCAAUGCCCUCGACCAAGACCUCUACUACCUCCUAGGCGAGCGCCUGCGCGAAGCCGACGCGAACAAGGACAUCUACAUCACGAUCCUAACUGGCAAGGGACGAUUCUUCUCCGCCGGCGCCGACGUAACCAUCUCGCGCCCCAACGGCGGCAGCCUCAACACCAGCGCGCGGCGCGACCUGCUGCGGGGCUUCGUGGCCAACAACCUGGACAUCACGCGGACGUUCGCGCACCACACGAAGAUCCUGAUCGUGGCGCUCAACGGGCCGGCCGUCGGCUUGUCCGCCGCAUUAAUCGCCCAGGCGGACUUCAUCUACGCCGCGCCGCACGCCUUCCUGCUGACGCCGUUCUCCUCGCUGGGCCUGGUGGCCGAGGGCGGGGCGUCGCACGCCUUCGUCGAGCGGCUGGGCAUCGCCAAGGCCAACGAGGCGCUGCUGAUGAGCCGCCGCAUCCCGUGCGCGGAGCUGGUCGCCGCCGGGUUCGUGAAUGGCGUCGUCGCCGCGGAUUCGGGGCGGGCGGACGACUCCGACGGGUUCUUGGGGAAGGUGCUCGCUGAGGUUGAGGAGCGGUUGGGCGAGCAUUUGAAUCAGGAUAGUUUGCUGAAGAUCAAGGAGCUGGUGCGGAGACCGGCUAGGGAGGUGCUGGAUCGGCAGAAUGGGUUGGAGGUGUUUGCUGGGUUGGAGCGGUUCAUGAGUGGGGUGCCGCAGGAGGAGUUUCGGAAGUUGGCGUCGGGGGAGAAGAAGCAUAAAUUGUGAGGUGUUGGCCGGGGGUUCUCGUUGAAGAGAUUGUGUUCAUAUUUGCGCUGUGUGGCUGAUGGGGCCGGGCGUAGAAGUCC